AUGGCUAUAUCAAUAAUGUACUGGUCUAACUACGUUGAAUCGCAUGUUAAAUUAAGUCGAAAUAGUGAAGCAUCGAGUGAAAGCGACAGGGUAUUGAAAUUAUUUAUGGACGAACUGCGUGUAAUCCGUGCCAGCGUCCAGGCUUCGAUGAAAAAUACAUCAUAUAAUGUUACGAUUCACCUUGAACCAGAGGACAACGGCGUGAUACAAUCAUCGACAUGUCAGUGUCCAAUGAGGGAAUUCAAAUGUCAUCAUGUGGCUGUUGCUUUACUGUUUGGAUACAAGAGAGCGAGCAAAACUGACAUUAAGUGUUCCUGGAUCAAGCGUCCGAAAUCCGCAUCACCCAAGAAAACUGUGACGAUGGCGGAAAUGUAUUUACCAAAUCAGCCUGGAUACAGGUAA